CAUGCAAGGACAAGUCCGAAGGCACCCAAAAGAAGCCUGGAGAACAGAAACAUUCAAAAGAGCCUUCAUCUUUGCAAUGCAUGCAUCUGGCAGUUGUGGCAUGUGGGGACCGGCUGGAAGAGACGCUAAUCAUGCUGAAAUCAGCAGUUCUCUUUAGCAACAGGAGGCUCUGUUUUCACAUUUUUGCUGAGGAUUCCCUUAAGCCUGAAUUUGAGAAGAAGUUAAAGGAAUGGCCCUCCUCAUACACAAAGAAGUUUGAAUACAACAUUUACCCAAUAACCUUCUCAGUAGGAAAUGCUCAGGAAUGGAAAAAGUUAUUCAAACCAUGUGCUGCCCAGCGCCUUUUUCUUCCGGUCAUUUUAAAGGAUGUGGAUUCCCUCCUUUAUGUGGACACCGAUGUUCUCUUCCUGAGGCCCAUCGAUGACAUCUGGCACAUUCUGAAAGAGUUCAACUCAACACAGCUAGCUGCUAUGGCCCCAGAACACGAAAUACCAAAGAUUGGCUGGUAUAGUCGAUUUGCGCGUCACCCUUAUUAUGGGACAACUGGAGUCAAUUCUGGAGUGAUGCUAAUGAAUUUAACACGGAUACGCAACACUCAGUUCAAGAACAGCAUGAUACCAAGUGGUUUGACUUGGGAGGAAAUGUUAUAUCCAUUAUACCAAAAGUACAAAAAUUACAUUACAUGGGGAGAUCAGGAUUUACUAAAUAUAAUUUUUUACUUUAACCCAGAGUGUCUUUAUGUGUUUCCAUGUCAGUGGAACUACCGGCCUGAUCACUGUAUGUAUGGAAGCAACUGUAAAGGUGCAGAAGAAGAAGGUGUCUCUAUUCUGCAUGGAAAUAGAGGUGUCUAUCAUGACGACAAACAGCCUACAUUCAAGGCACUCUAUGAAGUGAUACGUGAUUUUCCAUUUGAAGACAAUCUCUUCCAGUCUUUGUACUACCCUCUGCAGUCUAAGUUUCUGGAUACAGUGCACACUUUAUGUGGGAGAAUUCCACAAGUAUUUUUGAAGCAAAUUGAGAAAACUAUGAAGAAGGUGUAUGAAAAUCGUGUCAUUGUCUACUUGGGUGCCAACCACAGAUACUAAAUGUAGCUAUAUUUUUACGCAGAGUUUUUAAUUCUUGCAUACCUUCUCAUGAACCAUAUAAAUGAAGAGUAUGAACUCCUUUAUUGAAACUCAGAACUAAAAUAUUUUCCUUAUCCAAUUUCCUAAUAACCCCUGAAAUUACAAAAAGAGGAAAUCCUAGAAGUCUACCUAAACUGUCCUUUCUUAGGCCUUUUGUUCUCUUCCUACAUUUACUCUUGGUUGCAGUAGGGAGAGGUGAUGAUUCUCACUUUUAUUUGACGAGUUUAGUUUGGUUAUUUGUUUAAGUACAGCUGUAUUCACUGUAACUUUUUUUGAAGUUGUGCAAAAGCUUGUACUGAUCUUAGGCUUGAUAAAGAAAUUACAGUUAGAGCUAUGUAACAUAGGGAAUAUAAUUCUUGAAAUGAUAGGGCAA